AUGGCCUCAGUUUUGGGAAUUGAAGUUAUUCUUUCCGUUUACAUAAUUUCUUAUGUUAUUGGCUUCCCUGCCAAUUUGGUGGCUCUGUAUGCAUUCAGUGUAAAGAUCCACUGCAAGCCACGACCUUCAGACAUCCUCCUACUGAAUCUGACUGUGUCUGACCUGCUCUUCUUAAUCACGCUUCCUCUUAAAAUGCACGAGGCGGCAUCAGGGAUGGAGUGGACUCUGCCCACCUUCUUGUGCUCCAUCAUGUGCUUUACCUUCUUCACUACAAUUUACACCACCUCCUUGCUACUGAUGGCAAUCAGUGUGGUUCGCUACAUAGCUGUUGCCUAUCCUAUGACCUAUCAACAACUGAAAAACAGUUUGUACCCAGUCACUAUCAGUGCUCUUAUAUGGUUGAUAUCAGCGGCACACUGCAGCAUUACAUUCAUUUUAGAGCACCAUCCAUCCUUGUCAAACUCAAAUUCUUCUGUGUGCUAUGAGAGUUUCACAAAGAGGCAGCUGGAUGUUCUCCUUCCAGUUCGUUUGGAGUAUUUCUUUGUGCUGUGCCUUGUACCGCUUCUAAUCACCAUUUACUGCUAUCUGCGAUUGAUUUUGAUUCUAUUCAGCCGUCCCAUGAUUUCCUGGAUGCAGAAGAGGAAGGCUAUUGGGAUGGCUUCGGGAACUCUUGCUGUGUUUAUCAUUUGUGUUCUACCAUUCAAUUUAUCUCAUGUAGUGGGUUUCGUUCAGGGUCAAAGCCCUAAAUGGCGGUACUACGCCUUGCUUCUCAGCACAUUAAACACCUGUAUUGAUCCCAUCAUAUUUUAUUUUUCCUCUUCAAUCUUCCACUGCACAAGCAGCAAAUCUAUUUUCAGAAAGUAUUUUGUCAAAACUGUAACAGUAAAAAUUCAAGGAACAAAUUCAAACUGA